AAAAGAAAAAGAAAAAAAAAAUGAUUGGCUAAGAAGAGUCUGACAGGAAAAUGUAAUGGCUCCUGAGGUCAGGGCAGUCUCUGCUAUAUAUGAAUUGCAACUGAAAACACUAACUGUUGCAGCCAAAGCGCUCUCUGGUUAGCAAUCAUCAGUGGAGGAACAUCAUGAGCUUUUCUGUGGCCGUGUACAGGAACGUUUACACGGAGGACCGCUUCAAGCAGGCUUACGGCUCCGAUGAUAACACAAGUGGAAGUUUGCGGCUCCGGGAGAAGCUCGCCGGGAAGGUCAGGUGUUCUGGUCGAACCUGCUUUCACCUGUUGAGGGAAAGAGUUCCCAUUUUCAGCUGGCUGCCGAGAUACAGACUGAAGAAAUGGAUUUUAGGAGAUACCAUUGCUGGGCUGACUGUUGGUAUUCUCCACAUUCCCCAGGGCAUGGCCUUUGCAUUACUUACAUCAGUAGCCCCAAUAUUUGGCCUUUACACAUCCUUCUUCCCUGUUGUCCUGUAUAUGAUUUUUGGCACAGGUCGCCAUGUGUCCACAGGUACCUUUGCUGUAGUGAGUCUGAUGACUGGCUCUGUAGUGGAGCAACUGGUUCCUACUCCUCUGGAGAUGAACUCCAGCUCAUCUGAAGCAGCAGACUUUGAAGGCCAGAGAAUUGGCGUGGCCUCAGCUGUGGCACUUCUCUCAGGAAUCAUUAUGCUCUGUAUGUUUGGUCUUCAGCUGGGCUUCCUCUCCACCUAUCUGUCAGAGCCAAUUGUGAAGGCUUUCACCAGCGCUGCUGCUUUCCAUGUCACCGUCUCACAGCUGCAAAGCAUGCUGGGCCUGCGGCUCCCUCGUCACACUGGGGCCUUCUCCCUCUUUAAGACUUUAGCAUCAGUGAUGGAGAACAUGUCUCACACUAACAUGGCCGAGCUACUGAUCUCUUUGGUGUGUUUGGCUGUCCUGGUUCCUGUCAAAGAGAUCAACACACGUUAUCGCCACCGCCUUCGUACACCCAUUCCUGUGGAGAUCCUUACAGUCAUUAUUGCUACAUGUGUGGCCUAUGCUUCCUCACUAGACUCUACUUACAAGAUUGAGAUAGUUGGCCAUAUCCCUGCUGGAUUCCCAAGCCCCAAGUUGCCUGCUUUUCACACUUUUCCUGCCAUUGCUGGAGACACAGUAGCCAUAACGUUUGUUGGAUAUGCUGUGUCUGUUUCACUGGCAAUGAUUUAUGCUGACAAACAUGGAUAUUCUAUUCAUCCAAACCAGGAGCUGUUGGCUCAUGGAAUCUCCAACACAGUUUCCUCCUUUUUCACCUGCUUUCCCAGCUCAGCCACUUUGGCUACCACUAACAUUCUCGAGAGUGCUGGAGGACACACGCAGCUCUCUGGUUUGUUCACCAGUCUGGUUGUCCUUAUUGUCCUGCUGCUGAUUGGACCUCUGUUCUACUUCUUACCCAAGGCAGUGCUGGCAUGCAUCAAUGUUACCAGCCUCAGGCAGAUGUUCUUGCAGUUCAAAGACUUACCUGAGCUGUGGAGAAUCAGCAAGCUUGAUUUUAUGGUUUGGGUUGUAACCUGGCUGUCUGUGGUGGUACUCAAUGUGGACCUCGGCCUGGCUAUUGGAGUGGUUUUCUCUAUGAUGACCGUAAUUUGCCGCACACAAAGGGCUGGUUGCUCAGUACUUGGACGAGCAAGCAACACAGAAAUAUACAAACCUCUGGAGAACCACAGCAAGUGUAAUGAAGUGCCUGGAGUGAAAAUCCUCACUUAUAACGGACCCAUUUUCUACGGCAACCGUAGCUUCUUCAGAGAACAAAUGAGUAAGCUGUUGGGCCUGACGCCAGAGAAGAUCCGCAGCCAGGAGAAGGCCAGGAAAGCCAUGGAAAAACGGGAGAGAGAGAUUGCCGUCAACACUGUGGAGAGAGGUAUUGCAAAUACAUCGUUUUCUUUAGAAAAUGAGUUCUUUAAAUCAGAAACAUCUGAGAGUGAUGUUCAGGCUGUGCUGAUUGAUUGCAGCAGCGUGAUAUUUGUUGAUGUUGCAGGAGCACGGCUCUUCACACAGAUGUGCACCGAGUGCCAGAAAUGUGGAGUUCAUGUGUAUUUGGCAAACUGCAAUGGUAAGACUUGUUUAUCCAUAAUAUUUGUUUCAUUGUGGUUUUUCUGUUAUAAUCUGUCUCUACGUCAUGUUCAAUUUUCAGACAAAUUUCAUGACACAUAUAAACUGCUACUAUCAAUCCCCACAGAGGGUGUCCUAAAGAUCCUGACAUCCUGUGGUCUGAUGAACCACAUGAACCCUCAACAUAUUUUUGUAACUGUUCAUGAUGCUGUGAUGUAUAUUCAACAACAGAGGGAAAAACCUCCAGAGAACAACACAACAGUUUGGGUGUGAGUUGGAAGAAUAAUGAUGAGUCAUGCUCACCUUGGCCAAGUGUCUGGAAGAGGGCACAACGACUAGGAAUGUCUGUCAGCUGAGCAGGAGCUUUCUGGUAUUCGGUCCAGCUUGUACUGUAUACUAGUGUUUCAAAGAAGCAGUAGCCUAUUGUAGCACCAUGAAUUACUACAACUUUUACAUUACAGUGUUACCAGUUCUUUUGCAGGUUUUUGGAUUCACUCUAGCACACUUAAAUAACUUUAAUAAACCUUUUUUUUGUCAUUUAUGAUGUACUUUGGCAUUGUAAUAUUUAUUUAGUUACUAUUGUUUGCUAUACAAAUAUGUGCACUGCAUAGUUUGUUAAAAUACUAUUUAUAUGUUUGAAGAUGCCACUGUAUACAGUAAAGGCCAUUACAUACUGACUUUAAAUACUCUGUAUUUUAACUUGAGACACUAAACCAAAGACUUAAUGAAUGACCUGUAUACAGCAGCCAUGCCAUCCAGUGGCUUUUAAGAAAAUAAACGUGAUGCCACACAAUGAACUUGGAUUAUUAUUUUUUUCUCAUUAAAGUAUAAAGCACAAACAAUAAAUA